UCAGCAGCAUAACACUUAAGAGACAAAGGACCUUUAGUUUCCUGCCAUCAUAACAUACACGUUGUGAGAACUGAAUAACUUUUUAGAGGACACUAAUUUUUGACACAAGCAUUAAAGCAACAACAUCAGGAUGUCCAACAACAAAAAGAAACCAACAACAACUUCAAUAUUUUACAAAGAGCCAGCGAUGGUGGAGGAAUUGUACACUGGAUACCUGGUCAAGUCCCCCGCUCAACCAGCUCUGACUAAAAACGCUAAAUCAUGGAAGCGUCGUUUCUUUGUGCUCUCCAAGACGGGUGAGGACGCCUACCAGUUAACAUUCAAUGCAAACAACGAAAGAAAAGAGAUAGACCUUUCCAAGAUCAGCCUGCUAUUUAUUGGCCCCGAAGCACAUCAGAAGUGGGACUGGAUCCAGAAAAACUUCAAGUGUUCUACAUCCUCUGUGCUGUUCUUGAAGGUGGAAGAUGAUACACCAAAACACUCUAGAGACUAUUUCCUCAUUGGAGAAAACAGUGAUGAUGUGGAUGGUUGGCUCAAUGCCUUAGUCAAAGUAAUGAAGACCAAGAAAUCAAGAAAGACCCUUCAGGACAACAGAUAUAGAUCAGCAUCUGAUCCUGUAAAGAGUUCAGAACCAAAGGUUGAGGAUGAGCCUGAUGACAGACGGUCAGCACCUGGAUUAACGCUAACUUACCCGUCACUGUACAGCCAUUACGACUAUCCUCGCAAGCUCAGUGAACCUCCAAUACCAGUAGCGUUCAAGAUUCCAAUUAUUGAAGAUGAAGAUGAGAAGCAGGAUGAAUCACCAGAAGAAAAUGCAUACAUGUCCAUGGCAUCAUUGCAAAGAGCUUUGAAAGAAGACCAACUGGAGGUGGACAAUGCAAGCAUUCAGAAAAACACUUCCAUUAAUGGUCAAGAGUCCUCUGUGUGCAAUGGUGCAGUCAACCAGGAUGAGGACGAUAAAAAUAAAUGUGAAACACACACACAUGUUGAGAAGGAGAUCUGCGUUAGUCAAAAUGAUCUUAAAAACAGUCUGAUCUUGACACAGGAAGAAGGAAAACCAUGUGUCUCUGACUGUCGGAAGAUUCAGGACUCGUGUCUCUUCCAUAAGGGGGAUCAGAUCCUGGCCUUCAAUGACCUGCUUAUAUACACAGUAGAUGAGAUUCAGAUAUACUUAAGAAGACUAAGCAAGGAUGAGGUAAAACUCACUAUUCGGCGGCUCAUAGGAUCCCAGCCUCUGCACUCUGAACCCUGCCCAUCAUAAUGAGGACAAGAAACAAAUCUCAUGUGAAUUCAUCACCAUCAAGAUAUCAGAAAUGUGUCUGUGGGACAUUAAAGCUCAUUCAAUCAUACAGGUUGAAAACAAGGUGUAAAUGAAGAACGUAAGAGGCAGUCAGGUUAUCUAAAGUAACUUGCCCUCUUUUGACUGUAUACGUAAAUAUGUAUGUGAAUGUUCGGUUCAUUGAUCUUAAAGUGUCACUAAGUUAAAAAAUGAUUAACAUUUAGACUGUAUAUAUAUGUACAUGAAACUAUGUGAGUGGUAGUGGGUUUAUUAGUUCACAUCUGUUCAUGUGAAGAACAAGAGUCAAGUAUUACUUUAUAAUAAGUAUGUAGGUUAAUUCACAUUGAAAAAUGCACAGUUCAAAACUGUUCAUGUAUAUUAUCCUCUUUAAAGAUGCACUUUUGUACAAUCCUAACUGUAUGAAGUACUUUAUAUACUGUGUAUAUACACGUUUUCUGUCAUUGUGUAUUUUGUUUUGCAAAGCAUUUAACCAAUGAUGUAUUGCUCCUAGUCAUUAUGCAUUGAUUCAAAUGUUUCAGUCAGACUGAUGAUUACUGAAUAACAUGUAGCCUACGUAACAUAUACGCAUGCAUUAUGCUGUAGAAAAGCAUGUAUUUGCACAUUGUUACAAUGUAAAGUAUUAUUAAACUUUUGAAACUA